CGCCGCCCGGAGCCCAUGAGCACCAUGCGCCUGCUGACACUCGCCCUGCUCUUCUCCUGCUCCUUCGCCCGCGCCGCCUGCGACCCCAAGAUCGUCAACAUCGGCGCUGUGCUGAGCACGCGAAAGCACGAGCAGAUGUUCCGCGAGGCCGUGAACCAGGCCAACAAGCGGCACGGCUCCUGGAAGAUCCAGCUCAACGCCACCUCCGUCACCCACAAGCCCAACGCCAUCCAGAUGGCCCUGUCGGUGUGCGAGGACCUCAUCUCCAGCCAGGUCUACGCCAUCCUAGUUAGCCACCCACCUACCCCCAACGACCACUUCACUCCCACCCCCGUCUCCUACACAGCUGGCUUCUAUCGCAUCCCCGUCCUGGGGCUGACCACCCGCAUGUCCAUCUACUCAGACAAGAGCAUCCACCUGAGCUUCCUGCGCACGGUGCCGCCCUACUCCCACCAGUCGAGCGUCUGGUUCGAGAUGAUGCGCGUCUACAGCUGGAACCACAUCAUCCUCCUGGUCAGCGACGAUCACGAGGGCCGCGCCGCGCAGAAGCGCCUGGAGACGCUGCUGGAGGAGCGCGAGUCCAAGGCCGAGAAAGUGCUGCAGUUUGACCCGGGGACCAAGAACGUGACGGCUCUGCUGAUGGAGGCGCGGGAGCUGGAGGCCCGGGUCAUCAUCCUCUCUGCCAGCGAGGACGAUGCUGCCACCGUGUACCGCGCAGCCGCGAUGCUGAACAUGACGGGUUCGGGGUACGUGUGGCUGGUGGGGGAGCGCGAGAUCUCAGGGAACGCCCUGCGCUACGCUCCGGACGGCAUCAUCGGGCUGCAGCUCAUCAACGGCAAGAACGAGUCGGCGCACAUCAGCGACGCCGUGGGCGUGGUGGCGCAGGCCGUGCAUGAGCUUCUGGAGAAGGAGAACAUCACCGACCCGCCGCGGGGCUGCGUGGGCAACACCAACAUCUGGAAGACCGGGCCGCUCUUCAAGAGAGUCCUGAUGUCUUCCAAGUAUGCUGAUGGGGUGACCGGCCGCGUGGAGUUCAAUGAGGACGGGGACCGGAAGUUCGCAAACUACAGCAUCAUGAAUCUGCAGAACCGCAAGCUGGUGCAAGUGGGCAUCUACAAUGGCACCCACGUCAUCCCCAACGACAGAAAGAUCAUCUGGCCAGGCGGAGAGACGGAGAAGCCCCCAGGGUACCAGAUGUCCACCAGACUAAAGAUCGUGACGAUCCACCAGGAGCCCUUCGUGUACGUCAAGCCCACGCUGAGCGACGGCACGUGCAAGGAGGAGUUCACAGUUAACGGCGACCCUGUCAAGAAGGUGAUCUGCACCGGGCCCAACGACACGUCUCCAGGCAGCCCGCGCCGCACGGUGCCUCAGUGCUGCUACGGCUUCUGCAUCGACCUGCUCAUCAAACUGGCGCGGACCAUGAACUUCACCUAUGAGGUGCACCUGGUGGCCGAUGGAAAGUUCGGCACGCAGGAGCGGGUGAACAACAGCAACAAGAAGGAGUGGAACGGGAUGAUGGGCGAGCUGCUCAGCGGGCAGGCGGACAUGAUCGUGGCGCCGCUGACCAUCAACAACGAGCGCGCGCAGUACAUCGAGUUCUCCAAGCCCUUUAAGUACCAGGGCCUGACCAUUCUGGUCAAGAAGGAGAUCCCCCGGAGCACGCUGGACUCGUUCAUGCAGCCCUUCCAGAGCACUCUGUGGCUGCUGGUGGGGCUGUCUGUGCACGUGGUGGCCGUCAUGCUGUACCUGCUGGACCGCUUCAGCCCCUUCGGCCGGUUCAAGGUGAACAGCGAGGAGGAGGAGGAGGACGCGCUGACCCUGUCUUCGGCCAUGUGGUUCUCCUGGGGCGUCCUGCUCAACUCGGGCAUCGGGGAAGGCGCCCCCCGAAGCUUCUCGGCGCGCAUCCUGGGCAUGGUGUGGGCCGGCUUCGCCAUGAUCAUCGUGGCCUCCUACACUGCCAACCUGGCGGCCUUCCUGGUGCUGGACCGGCCCGAGGAGCGCAUCACCGGCAUCAACGACCCACGGCUGAGGAACCCCUCGGACAAGUUCAUCUACGCGACGGUGAAGCAGAGCUCGGUGGACAUCUACUUCCGGCGGCAGGUGGAGCUGAGCACCAUGUACCGGCACAUGGAGAAGCACAACUACGAGAGCGCGGCCGAGGCCAUCCAGGCCGUGCGGGACAACAAGCUGCAUGCCUUCAUCUGGGAUUCGGCAGUGCUGGAGUUCGAGGCCUCGCAGAAAUGCGACCUGGUGACCACGGGCGAGCUGUUCUUCCGCUCGGGCUUCGGCAUCGGCAUGCGCAAGGACAGCCCCUGGAAGCAGAACGUCUCCCUGUCCAUCCUCAAGUCCCAUGAGAACGGCUUCAUGGAAGACCUGGACAAGACGUGGGUGCGGUACCAGGAGUGUGACUCGCGCAGCAACGCCCCUGCUACCCUCACCUUCGAAAACAUGGCAGGGGUCUUCAUGUUGGUGGCGGGGGGCAUCGUGGCGGGGAUCUUCCUGAUCUUCAUCGAGAUCGCCUACAAGCGGCACAAGGAUGCUCGCCGGAAGCAGAUGCAGCUGGCCUUCGCAGCAGUGAACGUGUGGCGAAAGAACCUGCAGGAUAGAAAGAGUGGUAGAGCAGAGCCCGACCCUAAAAAGAAAGCCACAUUUAGGGCUAUCACCUCCACCCUGGCUUCCAGCUUCAAGAGACGUAGGUCCUCCAAAGACACGAGCACCGGGGGUGGACGCGGCGCUUUGCAAAACCAAAAAGACACAGUGCUGCCGCGACGCGCUAUUGAGAGGGAGGAGGGCCAGCUGCAGAUGUGUGCCCGUCAUAGGGAGAGCUGAGACGCCCUGCCCGCCCUCCUCUGCCCCCCUCCCCCGCAGACAGACAGACAGACGGACGGGACAGCGGCCCGGCCCACGCAGAGUCCCGGAGCACGACGGGGUCAGGGGGAGGAGCGCCCCCCAGCCUCCCCGAGGCCACGCCCGCCUGCCCGCCAGUUGGCCGGCUGGCCGGUCCACCCGUCCCGGCCCCGCGCACGCCCCCGAGCGUUGGGCUAACGGGCUGCCUUGUCUGUGUAUUUCUAUUUUGCAGCAGUACCAUCCCACUGAUAUCACGGGCCCGCUCAACCUCUCAGAUCCCUCGGUCAGCACCGUGGUGUGAGGCCCCCGGAGGCGCCCACCUGCCCAGUUAGCCCGGCCAAGGACACUGAUGGGUCCUGCUGCUCGGGAAGGCCUGAGGGAAGCCCACCUGCCCGAGACUGCCCACCCUGGGCCUCCCGUCCGUCCGUCCGCCCGCCCUGCUGCCUGGCGGGCAGCCCCUGCUGGACCGAGGCACGGACCAGAGCGGCUGAGGACGGGCCAGAGCUGAGCUGGCUGGGCAGGGCCACAGGGCACUCCGGCAGAGGCAGGGCCCUGGGGUCUCUGAGCAGUGGGGAGAGGGGCCAACCUGGCCCCCAACGGAGGGGCUUGGAGCACAGACUGAAGCCCCAUCCUUCCCCAGCCACCACCAGAGCCGCCUGGGGGCCGCAACCCCAGCUGGCUGGGUCACCCCUCCUCCAGCGCCUGCUCCUGGCAGCCUCGGCUCCACCUCUUACCCUCUUCUUACCCUCGCCCCGCCUCCACUUUACCCCAUCCUCCGAGCUGGCCCUGCCCUUCCCCGAUGGCAGACCCUGACCCCCCCGCUGGCAGCCGCCUCCCAGGGGCGCGCUCCGGCUCCCGUUGCCUCCGCCCGACCUUCUCCUCCGGACUCCAGAGGGCCGAGCCUUGUCUUUGCCUCCUCCAGCCUGCAGCCCAGGAUGGGCUUCCAGACGCUGGCUCAGGACUGUCCUCAGCCCUGCCCACCACCUUGUACAGGUCCAGCCCUUCCCGUGUCCGAGCGCGUGCCUUCCCCUGCGGCCCGUGCGCAGCCGCGCGCUGCCCCUCCGUCCCAGGGCCCGGCGCGCACCGCCCCACGACCCGGUGUGUGCAGUGGUGAUGCCUAAAGGAAUGUCACGAGAAGUUCGGUCUGUGUUACUUGUUGACGCCUGCAGGGGUGUGAAGGAGGGCAGGGAGUAGAGGGAAGAUUCGAGGGCAGCCUCAGGCUUGGGCGGCGGCAGCGGGGCUCCCAGGGUCCGCGGGCGAGGCCGAGCAGGGGCCGGGAUCCGGCGGUCUCCUCGGCAGGCGGC